AUGAUAAAAGUGGGAGGCCACCUAAUCAUUGGUAGUAUAUUAGGGAGCACCAUAUUCAGAUGUGGAAACAAGCAGUUCUCUCUCAUAAAUCUCACUGAGGCUUUCCUUAAGAAAGUCAUAACUGAUACAGGCUUCGUCAUUGAAGACUUAGAAGUUCUGCACAGAGAGUUUGACAAACCCAUGUUCGAUAUCUGCAAUCAUACCUCCGGCAUCUUUAUCCUGGCACGCAAGGUCAGAGACGCCUAG